AUGAAAAAGGAUUUGGAUCAAUGGUUCUACUGUACACGCACAUAUGAUUCUUUAAUGUUCCUCACAGAUACAAAUGAGUGCUUUUCAAACAAUGGAGGAUGUGCCCACACGUGUACAAACAUACCAGGGACACAUCAGUGCAGCUGUAGGGAUGGCUACACACUUGCUUCUGACGGACGUCGAUGCAAUGAUAUCAACGAAUGUUCUACCGGAAAGUCACAGUGCAACCAUAAUUGUACCAACACAGCUGGUUCGUAUACAUGCACCUGUAAUGCUGGACACGAACUUUCUCAUGAUGGGAAGACAUGCGACGACAUAGAUGAAUGCAGCCAAACUCCGUUCCCCUGUGACCAGCAAUGCAACAACAUUCCUGGAUCGUACACAUGCAGUUGUGGAACAGGGUAUUACAUAAACACUAGUUCAAACACAUGCAAAGACGUAAAUGAGUGUGACACAGGCAACCAUACGUGUGAUCACAUCUGUACUAACACGGACGGGGCUUACCAAUGUAGCUGCCUAACAGGUUAUGUGCUGCAUGCUGAUGGAUUUAAAUGUACAGACGUAGAUGAAUGUUUAGAAGGGACGUCUCAGUGUUCUCAGAAUUGUACCAAUACACCCGGCAGCUACACAUGCAGCUGUGAGAAUGGUUACGUGCUCGCGGCAGAUGAAUAUACCUGUAACAACACAGAUGAAUGUCAAGGCGUCUUAUGUGAGAAUGGAGGAUUUUGUAUUGACCUCAUUGGAGGGUAUACCUGCUCUUGUGCUAAAGGUUAUACAGGAACGCACUGCGAACUUGAUUUGAAUGAAUGCUCUGGAUUUCUAAAUGGGGGCUGUGAGGAUGAAUGUAUAACACAUUCGGUUCAUUUGUUUGUAAAUGCAGCGGCAACAACACAUUGAACGAUAACGGCGUCACUUGUUCUGGUAAAGACAAUAACCUUAUUUUUUUACUUUGAAUCGAUAUUUCUUUUAAGCUUCCAUGACAAAUUAAAUUAAAAAUGAAGCUAAUU